GCAAUUUAAGUCUCUUCCUGAUCCCAGGGUGUCCCCGGUGGAGUCGCUCUGAGGUCAUCUGGACAAGCCUGAAGCACGAUGGAGAAAAUACCUUGCCUGGGUCUCGGCACGUGGAAGGCUUCUCCAAAUCAGGUGACUGAAGCAGUGAAGAUUGCCAUAGACCUGGGUUACCGCCACUUUGAUUGUGCCUUUCUGUACCACAAUGAAAAGGAAGUAGGAGAAGGCAUCCAGCAAAAGAUCAAGGAAGGCACUGUGAAAAGGGAGGACCUUUUCAUUGUCAGCAAGCUGUGGAAUACCUUCCACCAGAAGGACUUGGUGAGGAGCGCUUGCCAAAAUAGCCUGAAGGAUCUACAGCUGAACUAUUUGGACCUUUACCUCAUUCACUGGCCUAUGGGUUUUAAGGCAGGAGAUGAUGAUUUACCCAAAGACGAGAAUGGGAUGGCCAUUGCCAGUGACACAGACUACUUGGACACAUGGGAGGCUAUGGAGGAUCUCUUGAGUGAGGGACUGGUGAAAGCUAUUGGAGUUUCAAACUUCAACCACCAACAAAUUGAGAGACUUCUGAACAAGCCUGGUUUACGAUACAAGCCCACAAACAACCAGAUAGAGAGCCACCCAUUUUGUACUCAGGAGAAGCUGAUCAACUAUUGCCGUUCAAAAGGUAUCUCAGUGACAGUCUAUCGUCCACUUGGGGGCACAAGUAAUGUCUUGGAUGAACCCGUUAUUAAGAAGAUUGCAGAAAAAUACAAGAAAACUGAAGCUCAGGUUUUGAUCCGCUUUCAGUUACAAAGAAAUGUGGCAGUAAUCCCCAAGUCUGUCACCCCAAGUCGAAUAAAAGAGAACUUUGAGGUCUUUGAUUUUGAACUCACAAAAGAAGAAAUGGAUGCCAUCCUGAGCCUGAAUAGGAAUUUUCGAUUGGCUGGAUUAGCUUUUUCUAAAAAUCACAAAGACUAUCCUUUCAACAUUGAAUACUGAGGAGGGUCUUGCCUGGACUUUCUGCUCUACCCCUCUCAGCAGAGUGAAAAGACAGAAAUCUUAAUCUCUAGAAAACAUUCUGUAACUGCCCCAAUCCCAGAAGGACUUUUGUGAUUACCCCAUAAUGUGUAGUGGAACAGCUUUGGUUGAGUGUCAUUUGUUCUACCAGCACCACGGGCCAAACUUGCCAUUUUCUGCAAAGCCUCGAGGAUGAUCUACGUGACUGAAGAUGGAAUAUUGAGAGAUUCUAGAACACUGACUGAUAAAUUGCUAAUGUCAGCCUGUGUGCUGAAAUUUACUUUAUCCAGUUAAUUCAAUGUGUAGAAAUGUAUUACUGUAAGUUAAUGGUAAAUGAAAUAAAGAGGGUGCGAUUUUA